ACUCGCUGCAGUGAUGGUGCUGAUCCCGCUCUUGCAAAGAUGCGUCCAACUCCUUUUUCUUCCCAUCUUCGUGCUUUCCUACCUUGGUUUAUGGGGUUCUCUUUGUAAAAGUAUCUUCCCGUAUUUAAUGAGCAAGGCAUGCAGAUUGGUCAAUAAAAUAAUGCACAAGGAAAAGCAGCAGCUCUUCAGUAGGCUGCCGGACUUUGCCGGCCCCUCGGGCAAACUCACCGUGCUAGAAAUUGGUGCGGGCAGUGGGGCUAACUUCCAGUUCUACCCGCCUGGUUGUCGGGUCAUCUGCACUGACCCCAACCCCAACUUUGAACAAUAUCUCCUCAACAAUGUUGCGGAAUCCCAGCACCUCCAGUUUGAAGGCUUCGUUGUGGCGGCUGCCGAGAACCUGCGACCUGUGCCUGACAACUCUGUGGACGUAGUGGUUAGCACCCACGUUCUGUGCUCUGUGCGUAACGCCACGGUUGCCCUGAACGAAGUCCUGAGAGUGCUCAGACCGGGUGGUGCUUACUUUUUCAUGGAUCAUGUGGCAGGUGACCGAUUCAGCUGGUGCUACUUCUGGCAGCAAAUCUGUGAUCCCACCUGGAACUAUUUGGGAGAUGGGUGUUCCGUUACAAGAGAGACUUGGAAAGUUCUAGAGAAUGCCAAGUUCUCUAAACUGAACCUGCGGCACAUAAUGGCCCCAGUGGUCUUCAUCGUUGUUCGACCUCAUAUUCUUGGAUAUGCAGUGAAAUGAUUGCACAGCUUUUGGAAAGCAUCUUCUCAGGCAAUGAUCUUAAAUUCAGAGCAUUAGCUAGACAACUGUGCCUGGAGAUACUAAGGCUGAAAUUGUAUAUGCAUUUACCGGGGAAUAAGCCCUACUGAAACUCAAUGGAAGUAGAAAUGGGAGAAAUGGGAGUAGAAAUGUAUAGGAUUGCACUGUAAUUUGUGGAAACCAAGGGAAUUAAUUACAAAGGUGAAAUUGACAGGGCAUCCAAAACAUGUUGUAACGAGGGAGAUUUUUCCUGCAUUCUGUGGAGGCUGAUGUUCAUAACAAAGAUGGCUUGCAAAGUAUGUACUGCCCAAAGGAGAGUAAAGGUGACUGAAACUAGACUUUUGCUUGAUUUAGGUUUGGGACUGGGAAUAAGACAAAAUUAAGGUCACAGGAAAAAAUGUCCCUACAAAGAGACAUCCUGCCACCGCUACCCAUGCUUUAGGUUGCAAAACUCUGUAUACUGACUAGGAAAUAAGCCUCUAGUAAGGUUUUUUCCUGACUAAACAUGACUACACUUGCAACACAAAAAAUGUCAAGGCUCGAUUACUGCAGUACAUUAUAUAUUUAAUUAAAUUUCUAUCCCACUUCUCCAACAUAAAUUGCGCUCAAGGUGGCUAACAAUAAUAAAAUACAGAUAAAAAUAAUCUCAAUUUAAAGUGCAAUCUUGUGCAUGCACAAUAUUCUAUAUGUGUAGAAAAUCAAUUGUAAUUCUGUUUGUAGCUUACAGCACAACAGUGAUUUAUUCGCAUUAGCAAAUUAGCUGUUUUAAGAAAAAUAAAAACAUAUGUUCAAGUUU